CAUUCGAUUUUAUGUUAUGUUUAUCAGCUCAUUAAGUUCGUGUACUAGCAAAAAAAUUUUCUAACGCUUGUCUGUACUUCGUAACUAUUACUAAAAUAUUAAAAAAUGUAUUUCAAAACAAUUUAUGUCACAGUGGGGACUACCAAAUUUGAUGAGCUUAUUAACGAAGUCGUGUCUUCUCGAUGUUUGCACGCUUUACAGCAGCGGGGUUGUCAAAAGUUGGUCAUCCAGCACGGUCAUGGGAGACCUGUACAAAAUGUAAAUCACAUUCGCCAAGUAUAUGGUAUCACACUUGAACAAUACGACUUCAAGCUUGAAACACCAAGAACUGAUAUACUGGAUGCUGAUCUGAUAAUAGGUCAUGCAGGCGCCGGCACUUGUAUGGACAUAUUGAAUCACAGUCGACCCGGUAUCAUAGUGGUCAAUGACAGAUUAAUGGAUAAUCAUCAGAAAGAAUUGGCACAGGAACUGAGUAAAGAAGGAUACGUAUUUUAUUCUAAUGUGGAAGGACUGGCCAAAAUAAUAGAGCAAGCGGAUGUAACUAAGUUGCAGGCAUAUGAAAAACGUAAUAAUAUACCACAUUUUGUGAAUUACUUGAACGAGAUGAUGAUUGCUUCAUAUUUUUAAUUACUACAUAUAUAUAUAUUAUACUUAUUAAAAGAGGAGUAAUGGAAAUUCUAAUGGGAUAAAUAAGAAUUCAUUUAAUUUUUAUAAGAUUUUUAAUGUGAAACGCGAAAAUAAGUGCGUUGAGUUUCUAUAGGUUACAAUAAAAUUACAAAAUGAUAAAAAGCA